GUCCUGCAGGCGGUUGUAUACGGAAACGUAUUUUCAUAUGAAAUACGCGUCCAGUAUCAUGUCCUCUUUCUAACACUAUGUGCGAUUCUGUUCAGGUUCCGCUAGCGUUCGUUACUGGUCGUUCUCAAUUAUCUGUGACCAUCGUAGAGGUAGGAAGUACUCCCUCGCCUAGCCCACUCAGCGAUAGAAGUAACCAACAUUUGUUACAAACACCAUUAGAAGCAGUCCAGCCCGAUGCUUCAACCUGCCAAGGACUUAAUCCAGCUACCCUCUUGCUGGAAAGUCCCCCGAAAUGGGGCGACGCCGCUCGAUACGCAUCAAAGCAACAUAGGAAAAUCGCCGGAAGGGCGACCUUUCAAGGGCAGGUCUACAACUUUCUGGAAAGGCCUGACAACUGGAAAUGUUUCGUCUAUCACUUCAUAGUCGGCGGUGCCGUGAUAUAUUUUGUGGCUGCUUCAAAAUCUGGGAAAUCUCAGCUUUGCAGACGUGAAUUUUUGCCCUUAACAUGGGGUUUGAGCAUUCCGACAUUUGAGAGAAGAGCUGACAACGAUUGUAUGAUACGCUGGUAAGAAUGAAGGGUAGUUUUUAGUUCUUGAUACAUCAUUUUUGCCUGAUAUUGAACCGAAGUCGUCAUUUUUUAAACGCUAUACCUGGUGAUUCAUAAAGAAGGCGAGAUCUCUCAACUGGAGGCACUAGAUACCAAAAUGUUAUGAUUGAGAGAUUGAGUUAACAUUAUUUUUUCUCUUUUUUUUUUAAAUAAAUAUUUAAAAGAUGAAAACGUACGGGGAGCAAUAAAAACCAUUGUUUUACAUCAACAUCUUUGGUAAUAGUAACAACAAAACUUCAAGUAUUGUAAAAUGAAUUGAGGUAGAUCGUGUUCGACAACAUUUGAAAUGAAAUUUUUAAUUACUAUUAUCAAAAUUGUUAUUGUUAUAUAUUUGUUUUUUUUAUUGCUCCAAAUAUCAUCUAUUAAAUGAAAUAAGUUAAAUAUCUUCAGAGUUAG